UAACAUUAACAGCUGAUGUUCUGCAUCUGCGGUAGCCAACGUUAUUCGAUACACAAUGUUGUGUUGUCUCUUGGUGCUUUGUGGUUGGACUUGCACAUUCAUUAUGCAUUUUUUAACUUUGAACGCAUUCAAAUUUUUACAGAAACUCUUAGAAGUUAUUUGCAUGAAAGCCAAACCCCAAUGAGAUUUUCAACCGGGCUACGUUUUGUCAGGUCAGUUGGCGACAUUCGAUCUCUACCAGCAAUGAAGAUGCACGACAUCCUUAAGCGUUGUGAUCCCUUUCGUAAACAGGUCGAACUCAACUCUUUUCUCGAGCGUCAACGCGAUUCCGAAGAAUUCAGCCUUCUCAAACACUGGCUAUGUACACCACCUCAGUAUACAACGUUACGUGUAAACACCCUUGCAACAUCGGUAAGUGAGGCGAAAGGUCGUUUACAGGAACAUAUCGACAAGUGUUCGCGCAGAGAACAUAUGGCGUACACAGUAACGAAGCAUCCUCAACUUGACGAUACGUUAGUGGUGGUGUCGUCCCAAAAUCGAACUCAGUUGGAGCCCUGCGGACGACAGGUGAUCGUCGCCCUAGAAUGUGGGGAGGCGGUACUUCGAGGGGCAAACGUCUUCGUACCUGGCGUUAUGGGCGCCCCUGGUAAUUUACAAAAGGGGGAUAUGGUUGCCGUUUAUGUGGAUGUCGAUAACAAAUGCUGUAAAGGAGAUAAACGACAUUAUCAGGGCGAAAAAGUCUUUAUCGGCAACGGAAUGGCGCGCGUUUCCCGUGACGAUAUUUUCAAGAAUGGAGUUAUUCAUGGUACUGCUAUUGACGUUACACAACCGGCGUACAACUGUCCACCAUUAAAUAACGUUCUCAGAGAUAUACUGUUUUUGCAAAAUAUUCCGUCAAUCGUAUGUUCGCGAGUGCUUGACCCACAGCCAGGAGAAACGGUUCUUGACAUGUGUUCCGCACCGGGCGGUAAAACAGCCCAUAUCGCCACCUUAAUGCGGAACCAAGGGACCGUCGUUGCACUGGAUAAAGCCAGCGCUAGACUGAAAAAAACUAUCGAGAAUUGCGCGCUCUGGAAUCUUAACGUUGUGCAGUGUUUCGUCCAUGACGCGACUAUGCCCUUCAACACGAACGCUAACCUUCAACAGUUGCCUUUAAAGUUUGACCGCAUCAUGCUCGAUGCUCCGUGCAGUGCUCUCGGACAACGACCUCGCCUUCAGUACCGUCAGAGCCUAAACGAGGUGCUCAGCUAUCCAAACGUACAACGUGCACUGCUAACAAGGGCAUGUGAGCUCGUUAAAAGUGAUGGCGUAAUCGUUUACUCAACGUGCAGCAUCAACUGCGCUGAGAACGAAGAUGUGAUAGCGUGGGCCCUAACAAAUCUGCCUCUUGAACUCGCUCAACAGCAGCCGCAUCUGGGAGGGUUUGGAAGAAGUGUCGAUGGUCUGUCUGAAGCAGAUUGUCGCCUAUUGCAAAGUUUCGAAGGACGACAUGACGGGGAAGAUUUCGACCGGGACACAAUAGGCUUUUUCAUAGCGAAGCUCCGACGAAAAUAGCAUAGCAUUUAAAUGUAUACUA